CCUUCAGCCAGUGCAGUGUGAGCCUUUGCUUGAGACGCACACACAUACACACACACUACACGCCUUUGCCUACAGAACGGCAACUUUCUGUACUGGAGCUUCUCUGAUCUACCCAAACACACGUACACACUUUCACAUCUGUGUGCAGCUAUAGAGGACAAGACACAGGCAUUAAGGUGCGGAGGAAGAUAAGUCAAGAGACGGAAGCAAACGCUUUCAAAUGGCCAACAUUGUGACGUCCUUCUGCUGUGUGGUGCUUGCAGCCGUGGUGGUGGUUUAUGCCCAAAGGCGCAGCCAGCAAGGUGCCAGGAUUCAGUAUGAAAGGAUUGGAAGUGAUGUCACUAUGCAGUGCGGCUCGCUGGACAACGACGCCUCGGCUACAUGGAAGGUGAACGGUACAGACGUGAAGGCCCGCCGACGGGAAGAAGGACCGCGGCUCAUCCUGAUGGAAGUGAACAUGAGUAGCAACGGCCUGUACAGCUGCUUCCAGAACCCCGACGGCCAGCGGCGUGACCAGAUCAAUCUCCGCGUUGGACUUCCUCCGAAGGAACCGCAGGUGACGUGUCGAUCAAACACCUAUCCCAAGGGCUUCUACUGCAGUUGGCACCUUCAGCAUCCCACGUACAUCCCUACGGACUUCGAAGUCGAUGUCCAACACAACCAGAGGCCCUUAGAGGUGACGAGGGAUGAAGUCCAUAAGAACAGAUGUCAUGUGAAGUUUCCAGAACUUUUCACCAGCUUUCCUUACCGGGUCAACGUCACGGCAGUGAACUCGCUGGGUCGAGCUUCCAGCGCCAUCAGCUUCGAGGAGUCUUCAAUAGUGAAACCUGACCCCCCUGAGAAGGUGGUGGCCAAACCUGUAGCCAACAAUGCACGGAGACUAGAGGUGACCUGGAACAGUCCCAGUACGUGGCCCGAUGUGGAGACCUUCCCGCUGAAGUACUUCCUGCGCUACCGGCCGCUCAUCCGAGACAUGUGGCAGCACGUGGAGCUCUCUGACAGCACCUCCCACACCAUUACCGACGCCUACGCAGGGAAAGAGUACAUCAUCCAACUGGCAGCCAAGGACAUGGAGAUCGGCACUUGGAGCGACUGGAGCGUGGCGGUCCAUGCCACCCCCUGGAUGGAGGAACCCAAGCCCAUCACCUCCACCACUGAGAGCGACAUUAUCCCAGAAACCACCCCCGGACCGCCUUCAGCCGCACCACGAGUGGGUGAACCCACAGCGGCCUGCUCCACCCUUCUCUGGUCAACCCACCUCCUCCUAGCCUGCGUCCUGCUGUCCAUCAUGUGAUGUGUAAGCUUCAUUCCUGUGGAAAAAAAAAUGAGGAGUCUUCUAUUUCUAUUUUGCACAUGUUAAUAGAUAUCGUGCAUUGAUAAUUUAAUUCAAUUUCUUAUUCUCACGAAAUAAAAAAGACCUAGGAAGAUUAAUAAACGCUGACAAUUACAAAAGGAAGACAAAAGGACAAUGAAACAUCUCAACAUCUCUGAUGAUGACAUACCAGACGCAGACACAGGAACCGAACCCCAGGGGAGCAAAAGAUUUGGGGACACGAGACUCACCUGCCUGGCAGCACAAGAAGAAAACAAACAAAACGAAAUGCAUCCACCUCAUUUUCGUUUGUCAAAACAUUGUUUAGCCCAUUUCGAUUCUUCAAACUGUUCCGAGGACAGAACGCUCAUUUUGUGUAACAUCGAUUUCCAUGACAUACAGCUAACUCAUCAUGCCAAAGACUUGGACUGUUUUUCUUUUUUCAUGAUCCCUAGCUUCCCCAAGCCUGUGUCUGUAAGGGAUUGAAACUGGCAGUACAAAAUCUUCACGAGCUUCGAAGACUGAAGAGUAACACAUUUAUUUUGAAGGCCAUCAUUUAAUAUCUGUUGUAUUCCUUUUGUUUACCGCUUUUUCUUUUAUCAUUUGUUGGCCCCUGAACACAGAGAAGUUGGAACUGUAAAUAACAAAUUGGUUAGGACUGUUCUGGACCACCUUUUGUAACAGGAAGAACAACGUGUCGUGUCAGACCUUCUGAAGAUGAAGCACCGUUCGGAAACAUCUUUUCAUUCUUUGCCUUUUUGCCUUUCACCAUCUGUUUUUGCAGACUUUUCUAGUCAAUAUCACAGUUUAAUACUGCUUUCUUCAAGAAAUAUCAUUUCGUUUUGUUUUGGUUAUCAUUGAAUAAAAUAUAAUUUUAGAACCUUAGAACCUUUUUGUUUAAUUUCUUUGUGGUCUGCUUUUUUCUUCGCCCUCUUUCUUUUCAAACCUUCAUAAUUGCUUAAUUCUCCUUGAUCAUAUUUUGUAAACUAUGAUAUGUAUCUUUAACAUGAGAAAAGUUUAUUAUUUAAUAAUGUAUGUAUUAGCUUUAGAUUCUUGUAACCUGUAUCUGGGUUCUUUUUAUAGAUGUAUAUAAAAUGAGAAGUUGUUCAUUAAAUGUGACCAUUUCACAAUGAGUAGAAGCUAUCAGUCUUUUUGUUCGUGUCCAUCGUUGAUCGUGUUGUAUUUCUCAACUGGUUUAAUAUUGGCGAUCCAACAUAAUACCAAAAUUCUUUACAAAACAGUCCCUCAAACCUGUAUUUAACGAACAUAGAUUGGUUUGUGUUUUUAGAGGAUGUUGGCCAUUAUCUAAUUUUUAUCAAGGGACAAAUUAUUUUAUUUUUUCACCUGCAACCCUAAAACAUAACUAUUUUAUAAAGUAUUGAUUUCAUAUGGAUUCAGUCUUUUGAAUAACAGUAAGCAUGAAGUUCCAGUCCGAAACCCAACUAUAAGUAGAUGUCAGCAAACAUAUGAAAAUGUUUGAGUAAUGCCCCGAAAACCUAAACGAUAACUAUAAAGAUAACGAUAUUAGCAUCCACACCAGUGAACGAUAUUGUCUGUUUAUUUUAAGCGCAUUUGUGUCUGUCGCUUUAAAUUCUCGAGCUCGUUAUGGCAGGAUUGAUGCUGAUUGGCUGUCAAUGUUUGUAUCAUUCAUCAGCCUGAAAAAAAUAGUUCUGAAAAUUAUUCCAACUAUAUCAUUUCUCUCUGGACUCUGCUAUUCUUAAAUAUUGAGAAUUAUUUUUAGAACUAUAUUUUUUAUCGUUAUCUUGGUUGCACUUUAUUUUACAGUACGUGUACUAACAUGUACUUAUAGUGUACUUAUUUAUAUAAGAAAGUUCUGGUAAUACAAGGUAACUACAUGGGGUAGGGUUAGGUUUAGGGGUAGGUUCAGGGUUAGUACCUAGUUAUUACGUAGUUACUGUUAUUACUAUAAUAAGUACAUAGUAUGUACAUGAGGAACAGGACUGAAAAAUAAAGUGCUACCGUUAUCUUUAUAGUUAUCGUGCUUGGUGUGAACGGGCCUUGAGGCUAUACAAAUUUGCAACCAAUUUGCCAAAAUGUGAAAUAUUAAACUGUCAUACAUGUUUUGAAAAGAACUGACUACUGAACCAAUUUUGGGUCACGACCCACCAGUUGAGAAGCACUAUUCUGACUCUUACAGAGUGUGGAUAAAGUCUCUUGACAAAUGUUUUUCUUUGACUGUGAGCUAACACUGGAAGAUGAGGUUGAAGAAGAUUACAGAUGUUGGCAUUUGAAACGUACAAUUAAAGCAUCCUGUGUCUCUGCAAAACAUCCAUGAAACCAUAAAACGCUCUGCAGUAAUU